CUGACACGCCCAUUAUUAAUUCAGGUGCCCAUGGGAUAGGUAAUCACAGCGCUCCGGCCACGGAUGGCGCAAGAGCUCCUUCUCGCUAAGCUAUUCAAUCAAAGUCGCGCCCAAUCGGCCGCCAUCCCUCCGAGGGUCUCGUUUCUGAAACUUGCUCACCUCAACACCCUUCCCUGAGCUCACCUCCUGAAAACCUGGCGGAGAAGGAGACCAAGGAUGGACUCGAAGGGCACGGUAGAUAGGCAGGGAGCGAAAGAGGCUGCGAGUAGCAAUAAUCAGGGUGCUGCUUUGGCAGUUUGCAGCGGGCAGGCGGACAACGAUCUGGUGAUUACGGGCGUCAGGCGGCUGCUGGCGAUACAGCUGGCUUGCGAUGUGCUGCUGACAAAGUUAGCUGAUAAAUGGGACAAUUGGACGGCAAAUCACCAACCCUAUGAUUGGUCGACAGAAAAUGCCGAUGCAAACUAG